ACAGAUUUACCGACUCAUUGAUGCCAAGCUGCGGUGUGACCUGAACAUUUCUGCACAGGAUUCUGAAGAUGGCUUGUGUCCAAUGGAUUGGGAUGGCCUGGUUUGCUGGCCGGGGGGCUCCCCUGGUGAGGUGACCAGAGUGUCCUGCCCAUCAUACAUCUAUGAUUUCAACCAUAAAGGCUAUGCUUACCGAAAGUGCGAUGCCAAUGGGUCCUGGGAGUUUAUGGAGAGCAACCUAACCUGGCCAAAUUAUUCAGACUGUGCCAAGUUCCUUCACCCUGGCCUGGAAGGGGAAAAAGGGGAUUUCUUUGAACGCCUGUAUAUUCUGUACACUGUAGGGUAUUCAGUGUCAUUCAGCUCCCUCAUGGUUGCCACUUUCAUCAUUGGCUAUUUCAGAAGGCUACACUGCACCAGAAACUACAUCCACAUGCACCUGUUUGUAUCCUUCAUGCUGCGUGCCAUCAUCAUCUUCAUCAAAGACAGGGUCGUCCACGCCAGCAUCGCUUUGCAGGACUUCGAUUCUGCUGCAAUGGACGACUAUAAAACCCUCUCGCUGGCGCUGGUCCUGAACAAAACACAAUAUAUUGGGUGCAAGAUUACAGUCCUGCUUUUUAUCUACUUCCUUGCCACCAACUACUACUGGAUACUGGUAGAGGGACUCUACCUUCACAGUCUCAUCUUCAUGGCUUUCCUUUCAGACACUGAGUACCUGUGGGGAUUCACUUUGAUUGGCUGGGGAGUUCCAGCUCUGUUCGUGGCAGCAUGGGCAGUUGUCAGGGCAACGGUGGCUGAUGCACGGUGCUGGGAACUAAGUGCUGGCAACCUGAAAUGGAUUUACCAAGCUCCUAUCCUGUUAGCUAUCGGGCUGAAUUUCAUCUUGUUCCUGAACAUUGUUCGGGUUCUGGCCACAAAAAUACGGGAAACAAAUGCUGGAAGAUACGACACGAGGAAACAGUACAGGAAGCUCGCAAAAUCAACUCUUGUCCUGGUGCUGGUGUUUGGGGUGCACUACAUUGUCUUUGUGGGAAUGCCACACACUUUCAAUGGGAUGGGAUGGGAGGUGCGGAUGUACUGUGAGCUUUUCUUCAACUCCUUUCAGGUUCAGACAGAAAUCAAGAAGAUGUGGACCCGCUGGAACCUGGCGCUUGACUGGGAGAGGACCCCGCAGUUCAGCAGCUACCGCUACGGCUCUGUCCUCACCAACCUCAACAACAGCACCAGCAGCCAGUCCCAGCUCACCCGCGCCUCCCGCAUGGCUCUCUUCUCCAGCAGGGUGUACAGGAGCGGACCAUCCAGAGCCAUCAACAGCCACACCACCCUGCCUGGGUACGUGACCAGCAACUCGGACCCGGACAGCAUGCCGCCCUCCAUCCCAGAGGAGACCGACGGGAACGAGGAGAAACAAGUGGACAACAUCUCCCUGAAGGAGCAGCUCCAACCCAUGACGAUGAGCAGCAGCUGUGGUGAACGCGGAGGAAAUGCACUUUUAGGAGGAACCAUGAGUGAAUGCAUGGAAGAAAGUGCGAAUCGAUGAAGAGUCAAGCAAGCUUACAGACUUAAGUGUCCCAUGUAUCCCAAGGAUUAGGAAGAAUUAAGAAACAUCUGUCUCUGGCUUCUCGUUGUGGGGUAUCAGUGUGCGCUUGUUCAUUGGCUGCGAGCAUUAACCAGCCCAAAUUGCAAACUGUUUCUGAGCGGGUGAAUGCGUGACGCAGUAUCGACAAAAGGACAUUUUGAAAAAACUUUCAAACGUGUAUGAAAUGCUUCAGACUAGUUGCUUAUUUAAAAUAAUUGAUGUUAAGGGCUGUGUUUGACAUUUUCAUGUUGGUAUGCUAAUCCCUACCAAUUUUAUUUAUUGUACUGAACUUUUACACCAUAAUGCACCAGGGGUAUUACAGGACAUAUGUUCCAAUGACACUUUUUGGGGAGUUGCAAAUAAAAACAACAAUAUUUUAACAGAAUGUUUCUAAAAAAAAAAAAAAAAAAAGUUUUUAUG